AUGAAAUUUUUAGCGAAAGUUGGAAAUGAAACUGGAAUUUUGCAUAUGAUUGCGAAUGGUUUAAAGCGAUUCUUUCAAUGGAUUCUCGGAUGUACUUAUGCUAAAAAGAAUAUGAUGGGAGAAAAAAUUCGUCAUCUUUUCCAUUUCGUUGAUGCUCCUCAUAUUAUAAUAGCCGAACUAACCGAAAAUGAGCCAUGGUACUCAAAAUUGGGAACAAUCCUCGGAAUUGUGAUUUGUGUAACAAUUAUGUAUUAUAUCAUUGAAACAGUUAUUGUAAAAAUUCGCAAAUUUGUGAAAGGAGCUCUUUCAGAGCCGCAGAGCACUGUGACUACACCGAGAUGCCUUUCACCAACUAAAUCACAUGAUCAGAUGUUCCAAGAGCAAUCGGCCAUCUCGACUGCACAAAAAGAACAUAAAGCAUUGCUCAAAAAUUUGAAGGACGAUUCGACACCGGUAGCCGCCGCUCCGAUAGAUACACAAAAAACGAAAAGCCGACCGAGCAGGGAUGAUGUGACUGUGAUGGAAAGCGAUCGGGAUCCUGCUGGAGCAGAGGUUGAAAUUAUGGAAAAUUACGGGAUAAACUUGCAAAACAUUAUGGGAUGGCUGAACAAUUUGAAUACCGACGAAUUAGUCGACGAAUCCACAAUUAGUUCAAUUUUAUCAGACGGAGAGUUUUCGGAAAGCACGAAAUUAAAAUUAAUGAAGAACAUACAAAACGGCACGAUUUCUUUGAGUGAUUGCAGCUCCGAGAAUUUGUCUGAAAUGUCUGCGGUUACGGAGUCUUCAAAAGAUUGCAUCGAUUGGACGGACGGAUAUGUUGAAAAAUUGGAGACAACAAAAACAGUUGAUGAUCAAGCAGAUGUCAUCAUUGAAGAAAGCUCGCUUUUUGCUGAUAUGGACAACGAAUGUUCGGGAAAUAUUCGACUCGAUGAAUUCGAUUCAACGGUUCUUUUCCGGUGGACGGAUGAUUUCGUGGAUAGUGUUGAAUCGGUUGUUCUCACUGGAUCAUUUUUCGGAUGGAAUAUGACGAUUCCUAUGAAACGCGAAUCUACCAACGGGUAUCGAAAUACCUCAUUCAUUUGA